GUGUCUACAUACAACAAUAACAAAUUUGACAUGCAUCGAAUCAAUUGAAAGUUCAUUGAUUGUUUUGAAGAAACUCUAGAAGGAGCUAGCAAAAAUGUUUUCCUAAAUUUCAAAAGUUAAAGAACAAACUCCUGAAAAUAUGGAUAAAUUAACUACAAUAAGCGCGGCCCUCUUCAUGGCAGCCGAUGUGUGUGCCAUAGUGAGUCUCGCGAUGCCCGAUUGGAUAGUGACUAGUGUGGGAGGAGAAACUCGUUUGGGACUGAUGUGGACCUGCAUGACCCUGUAUAAUAGGCCGCAAGUUUGCUUCACUCCGGAACUGCAACCAGAAUGGCUCAUAGCACUCAUCUGCAUAUUUGUGGGUUGCAUCUGCAUCACCACUACCAUCAUCCUACUAGCUUCCAGCAACUGGGAUCGGAAUGUCAUUCCCUAUGCCAGAUGGGUUGGUUUUACGGCCAUGGUCCUUUUCUGCCUGGCUGCAGUCAUCUUUCCGCUGGGAUUUCAUGUCGACGAAAUAGGAGGUCAACCUUAUCACUUGCCACACUCGCAUCAAGUUGGCAUUUCGUACAUUAUGUUUGUACUCGCCCUCUGGAUUACGGUCAUCUCCGAAUUGUUCGCCGAAAAGGUUUGUUUGCCGCAAUUCUAAGGUGGGUUGCGGAAUGUCUAAACAGAAAUACCAAAUCAACUUGCACAGUAUUCUUAAUGGAAGUAAUCUCUAUAGUUUCUAAUUUGUGGAAUUGAUUUUAAUUACGUUAAAUUUAUUUUUACAUUACGGAUAGAUAAUAAGUGUUCAAUUGGGAAUAAAUUGUGUGAUAUUAUUGUAA